AUGAAGGCUCAAAUGGAGGCCGGAAGAGAGGCCACCCGGAAGCAGCUUGAUGCUUUGCAGCAGCAGCAGGAGAGCUUGGAGAAAAUUUCAAGUGCAGAAGAUUUCGUCAACUUCAUGACCAAGGAAGGCAUGGCGCAUGAGGACCUCCAGAGGAUGCUGACCGGCGAUCCCAAGCACAUGGAGGAGUUGGUCGCAAAGAUGUUGAACAAGGCUGCAGAUCCAGGCAUGAAAAUGACUGCAGUGGCAGCUCUGGGUCAACGUGGCAUGUUCAUUCCACAGGAAGUUGCGAACAUGGCCCAAACUCACGCAACCUCAGACACUGUGGAGGAAUCCUCAAUGUGCAUGAUUGCAGAGAUGUGGGCAGUGCACGCCACCGAGCACAAGCCAUUCAAUCCUGCAAUCUUGGCUUGGUGUUUCGGUAGACUGCAGCUGCAAAGAGCAGCGGUGUCGGAUGGUGCGAGUUCUGCAUGUGUUCGGAGUCUGAGAUUUGGAGAUAUGCAUGCACUCCUUUGGUCUCUGUCUCGCGGUUGCAGUUGGUCGGAAUUGCUGGGGACGUUCGAGCGGUGGGUCGCCUGUGAUCCGUCGACGGAUGUGCUCGACAUCGGGGUGAUGCUGGCUCCCUGCGAAGCUGUCCGGGAAGCAUCGCUGGAGUGCCGCCUUUGGAAACUCAUCACUUCAGCAGCACCCUUAAGGCGGGAUAUGCUUGAGAUUGUGGCUGGCAGCACCGAGCAUUGCUUCAACCCGGACGCUUACAUCGAUAGGCAGCGUGUGGCUACUGAUCUCCCUGGCGCUCAGGUUGCGAGGCAUGGUGGCCACGCUCAGCACAAGCUCUCUAUGCUAGUGCAGUUCGUUGAAUCACGUGUUACUUGCGGCCCUAGGGCAAGACAGGAUGUGCUUUCGGCCAUCGUGGAAUUUUCCAACCUGAAAGCAAACUACUGGCUCAAAGUGGCUGGUGACGGAAAGGGCAUGCUGAUGGAUUGCGUUCUGGAUCAGGCUGCAGAAGCCAGAGGCGGUGUUCGACUUGAGUUUGGUUCAUACGUGGGGUUCUCCACAAUCAGGCUAUCUGGCAUGGCGCCCGCAAUGGCUCCAAGGUUGUCUGUGCAAAGCCUGGAAGUUGAUCCGUUACAUGUAUGCGUUUCGCGCCACAUGCUAAACCUGGGGGAACGUGCUCAAGUUGCAGAGGUUUGCACAGGACAGGUUAAGGAUCUUCUGCCCAGGGUACUGGAGGACUUUGGCAGCUGUGCUGCUGGUCUCGUGUUCAUGGACCACAGAGGAACUCGCUUCCAUUCAGAAUUGCAACUCUUGGAGAACAGCAUGUCUUUGUCUCCUGGAGCAGAUAUUCUCUGUGACAAUGUGCUUCACCCCGGUUCAGCAUGCGUCUGGAGUUUUGGUGUUGAGACGACGUCGUGUGCGCUGGCCUACGUUUCCUUCACGGGGACAGGCGAUGUGCAUAUGGUGCAUGCUCCGCUGGGCCAAGAAAUAAACAGGCCCUUCAACCUUUUGCCAACGCGCUUCACGGUGUUCUAUGUUCUGUGGGCGGUAGAGACCAAACGCCUUGAAGAGACACUUCUCAUUGAGGGUCUUGCUCGGCGAUGGGAUCAUGACCAGGUGCGCUCCACCGUGGUGCCUGCGCUUCCGGAGGAUCCGGCACCCAAGUAUGCUAUCAACGCGGGGCCCUUCCCGGUACUGAUUGAGCCAUCUGGUGCCAAAGCAAAGCCGGAGGCUUAUGUAUUCCAGCCUGCUACAGCAGUAGCAUUGCUGCAUGUGUUAGAAGAUUUUGCAUCGCAUGGAAGUUGA